AACAGGAGCACUUAGUAUUUGCCAUUGUGGCAUCAUCAUGGCUGCAUGGCUGUCCCGGAGUCUAAAGCAAAAGAAUGCCAGCUGGUUGCAGCCAUGCCCUACUGCCAUAGCCCAGGUCUGGUUCAGUGGGAUGGGGAGGGCCUCCUCUGCCUCAGGGGCCCUCUCUGUCUUCCAGGACAAGCCUCGGACAGUGGAGGACCUACCACGUGUCACCUUCUUGGAGAUGAUAUACAGAAUGGUCUUUCAGGGUUUCUACAACCGUAUACAUGAGUUACAGAUCUAUGAGAAGCAGCUGUAUGGGCCCAUAUACAGAGACGGACUAAAGUCAGUGUCUGUGAACACUCCAAAGCUGCUGGAGGAGAUAAUGAGAAACGAUGAGAAGUUCCCUUGCCGUGGAGACAUGUCCCUGUGGAAAGACUAUCGUGAUAUGAGAGGAUUCGGCUAUGGGCCUUUUACAGAGGAAGGGGAGAAGUGGUACAACUUGAGGAUGAUGCUGAACAAGCGUAUGCUGCACCCAAAGGACUCUGUGCAGUAUGGUGGGGUUAUCAAUGACGUGGUUACGGACUUCACCAAGAGGAUGUACUAUCUGCGCCAAUGCAGCCCAACAGGAGAUCUGGUGACCGAUGUGGCCAAUGAACUCUAUCAAUUCUCACUUGAGGGUAUUGCCUCCAUUCUGUUUGAGACAAGGCUUGGGUGUCUGGAAAAGGAAAUUCCUGCAGGUACGCAAGACUUCAUCAACGCCAUAGCUCAGAUGUUCUCAAACAGCAUGGCUGUUAUUGUGACACCCAAGUGGAGCCGCAAUCUCCUGCCUUACUGGGGACGCUACAUAGCUGGCUGGGAGGGCAUCUUCAACUUUGCUAUAGAGUUAAUCGACAAGAAGAUGGAGGACAUUCAGCAGCGUGUAGACAACAGCCAGGAUGUGGAGGGUGAAUAUCUAACAUACCUCCUCUCAAACACUCAGAUGAGCACCAAGGAUGUGUAUGGCAGCAUCGCUGAGCUUCUCUUAGCAGGAGUGGACACGACGUCCAACACCCUCACCUGGACAUUGCACCUGCUGUCCAGGAACCCUCACAUCCAGGACAGACUUUAUGAAGAAGUGUCCACAUCUGUACCAGCAGACCAUAUCCCCUCAGCUGCUGAGAUCACUCAGAUGCCAUAUUUAAAGGCUGUUAUCAAGGAGGCACUGAGGAUGUACCCCGUGGUUCUUAUGAAUGCAAGGAUCUUUACAGAAAAGAAUGUUGUCAUUGGUGGAUAUCAAUUUCCAAAGAAAACUGCUUUCAUGCUUUGUCACUAUGCCAUCAGCCAUGAUGAGGACACAUUCCCAGAGCCAUUCACAUUUAAGCCAGAGAGAUGGCUGCGUGAUGGCCGUGAGAGGCCAAACCCCUUUGGUUCCAUCCCGUUUGGCUUCGGAGUAAGAGGUUGUGUUGGUCGGCGGAUUGCUGAGCUUGAGAUGUACUUGGUUCUCUUUCGGCUAAUCAGGCUGUUCGAAAUCAAACCAGACCCUGCAAUGGGAGAGCUGAAAGCCAUCAGCCGCACUGUUCUGAUACCAAACCAACAAGUAAACCUACACUUUGUGGACAGAGGAUGUGAAGCUUGAACUUGAUUUUUGUUUGCAGGCAGUUAAAAUUUCUUGGUCAUAAACCACUACAAUCAUGAAUCAAGUACAUUACAUGGCACUGUAUAAACGAAUUCUGUGAAACACGCACUUUCAAAUUAGUGGGCAGAUUAUUCCACUGCUACUGCUGCACUAUAGAAUUUUUGCACAUUAAGCAAUUGAAUUGUUAAGGUUUUAAAUUUGUUGUGUGAUUUUGCUCAUUUUAUUUUAGAACCAAAAAGAAUGGCUUCAGUUUUUCCUAAGUGCAGGGAUAAUUUAAAAUCUGAUGGCCAUUUACAUUUAUUUAAAUUUUGAAGUUCCUCACUAAGAGUGUUCUCAACCACUGUUUUAUCUUUAUGUGCUGCGAUUAGAACAGAAUCAUCAACAUAUAAAAAGAGAUUACACGAAGCAGCUGCUUUUAAGUCAUUUAUAUAUAGUAGAAAAAAAAAUUAGCCCACUAUGCUACCCUGUGGCACUCCAUGUCCAAUGAUUUUUGACUCUGAAAGGGUCCCACUUACAUCAACCAUCUGAACACAUCGAUUUGAUAGGUAUGACCUGACCCAAUUCAGGGCCAACCCACUGAAACCCAUGGCUUUUAAUUUCAUUAAUAAAAUGCUGUGAUCCACUGUAUUGAAUGCUUUCUGCAAAUCCAGCCAGACCAUACCACAAAAUGUCCCCCCAUCUUCUUCUCUUCUUAUGAGGUUUGUUAGCAUGUUUCAGUAGAAUAUAAAAGGUUACAAUUUGAGAUGUAGUCAUUUAUCUCUUCCUGUAUAAUUCUUUCUAUUAUUUUUGAAAGAGCACUUAGAAUAGAUACUGGUCUAUAGUUGUUUGGAUCACAUUUACUUCCUUUUUCAUGCAAUGUAAUUACUCAUUACUCUUUUUUGCUCUCCUGGAACUUUACCUGAUUGAAUAGACAAAUUAAUUAUAUGAGCAAUAUAAGGAGUGAUCACUUCUACAGAAAUAUUUGAUCUAAAUCUGUACCUUUAGUAGGAUUUAAUUCACUAAGCAUUUUAAAAUCUAAAAUGCAAAGUUUCCAUCUAAAACUUGACAAAUGAGUUAGGCUUGAUUCAUUUUUCUGUGUAAAAGUCUAUAAUUUGUUGAUUGGCUUGAAUAUAAAUGUUGCAUAUGAAUGAAAGAACUGUUUAUAUUUAUUUUUAAGAAUGUCUUAUGUAUUAAAUGAAUGAGACUGCAACAACAGGUUAGAAUAGAAAUGUGAAUAUAAAAAUAAAAUGUACGUUUAAGCUUAAACAUAUUAUAAUUUGUUAAAAACUGAUAAAAGCUUUUAUCAAAACGAUUUUUUUUAGGUCGAUUUGUCCAAUGGCCAGUACAGCACUGGGUGUUACCCAGGACGAGGUGCUUGCCGGACAUGCUUCUUCCACACAAAGCUGGACUAAUGUUGUUGACUUGGUGGAGCUGCAAAUAUUAGCAGUCCCUUCCUCAUCACCAUCACCUCCAGUAUUUGGCUCUCUAAAAAACUGUCUAUGUUUUUUGGUUUUUAUCUUUCCUCCUUGACAUUAUCCCUAGAUGUCACAGAGGAAGUACCUGUGUAAAGUGUUGAAUGUCACUUUAUGGACAAUGAGGGUAAUACGUAUCAUUGGGAAAAAAUGGACAGUAACUUGCCAUUCAAUAUUUUGAAGCAACAUGCCUAAAAGAUGACAUAACAAGUGGUCAUUGUUCAUAAAUACAAGACUCAGCAAGAUGCAUGGCUAAACAUUAUGCUUUUCUAAUGAAUGGUCUCUGUGGUUCAAUGAGAUGGGUGAAGUGUCAUGAGAUGGGUGACUUGUAAAAAGAAAAAUAAUAUUUUGUAAGCAGUAUUUUGCUGUUUUCCAUUGGCUCACUUCAUGUAAGUUGAAACCUACAUUUCAUUAUACAAUAAUCAUUCACAACACACAUGGAGUUGUGAAUCUAUUUAAAGAUUAACAGUAUUUGAAUUGUGCAUUUAUUAUGCAUGUGUGAAAUGAAAGUGAAUCACCCUCAGCCUUAUUUCUGUUCCUUUCAUAGCAAAUAUAUUAUGUCAUAUUUCUAACUGUAUGGUAUCACUUUGUAUAUCAAAAUAAAACCUACAUUACUGCA